AUGGUUCAUAGUAACGAUGUGUAACAUUUGUUAUCGCAAAUUAAAACGUUAUAAGCCUUUGUUUCACACUAAGUGAAGGAUAUGAGGAGUGCUGAGCUCUCUGGUUAUUUGGAUAACUUAAUCGUUUAGGGACAGUUUAAACUUUGACGCAGUGUGUGUCUCUGUCAGUGCAGGAGCUCUGCUGUGUUGUUCUGCUGCUGUGGACUGCAAUUGUAGCUGCAGUUACAAUUUACACUUCAAAACUAGAUGGUGCAUCUAGUCUGCAGGAGCCAAGGCCCUUCACGAUGGUCCCACUGCAGGAAAAGAGGAAUUGAUGGAAGCCUGCGGUCAAGUAGAGAUGGUGGUUGUAGGGAAAACGAUGGGAACACUGACAGCAGAGACAGACACUCCGACAGCAGACAUGCCAGUUUCACGACUCCAGAAAGCAGAGGCCCGGUGUCUCGUUGUGGUGGACAGGCUGACUGGGGCAGCCAGGUGGAGGAUGAUGAGAUGAGAAGGGAUGUACACAGAGACAUGCAGCGUUACAGGAGGAGGAUACUGGGUGCAGAGGUCACCCAGAGAGAGAGAAAGACCUCCUCUGGCUCCUCUGGGAGCUGUGACUCCAGAGAGGGAGAAACCAUGGAGACUGAUGAGGCUGUGUUGGUACGGAGACAGAAACAGAUCAACUAUGGCAAGAAUACACUGGCCUAUGACCGAUACACCAAGGAAGUUCCUAAACACAUGCGUCAGCCGGGUGUUCAUCCAAAGACUCCUAAUAAGUUCAGGAAGUACAGUCGGCGCUCCUGGGACCAGCAGAUCAAACUGUGGAAGGUCAAACUGCACGCCUGGGACCCCCCUGCAGAGGAGGGCCAAGACAAAGUCCUUGAUAACAUUGAUGAGCUGGGUCUCGAUGACGUGAUGGACAUUGAGCUGGACUUCCCAACCUUGUCAGACUCCCAGAAUGCCAUGGCCUCUCUCAACACGCACAACCUUUCACUGGAGGGUGAAGACUCUUCGGGAACUCCAGUUAAAGUACAGAAGACAGAACCCACAACGGAGCCUGACAUGGCAUAGCUCAUCCCUUGGCCUUCUCCAAGAAAAUACAUGUUCACACACAUCUCAAAUGGUGCAGCCAUUUGCCCUGACAGCGUACCAUGUUACCCAGAAUGCCUCUGUUCCAGGUGCCAGCUACUUGAUCUGCUUGAAGUAAUGCUGCACCUGCACAGCUUCACAGUGUCUGUCUGUCCCAGCUGGUAGUUAGGAGUUCAACACUGUAACACAUGUAGUAUUCUUUUCCCAUUCAUACUAGUGCCUCUUAAAGGGAAAGUUCACCCCAAAAUC